UCCAACACUGAUACUUCAGUUCUGACUGCUGAAGUGAGCUGUCAAUGAGAUAUUCAAUUCAUUCGAGGACCAGAUUUCGGCAGCACCAUGUCAACGCCCAAGAAGAAGAAUGUGGAGAGGACCGAGAGCCGGAGGGGCAAGGGCCAAGGACCAGGUGGCGUGAAAGGAUGCUGCUGCAAGAGGUCGCAGUGCAUCAAGAACUACUGCGAUUGCUACCAGUCCAUGGCGAUCUGCACCAAGUUCUGUCGAUGCAUCGGCUGCAGGAACACGGAGGUCCGCCAUCUGGUGGACUCCAACUCCGGCGCCAAGAACUCCACUGCCGUGAAGAGGCAGAAGGCGGCUGCGAUGAGCGCAAAGGCAGCAGCUGCAGCCGCCAAGGCGGGCAUCGAUGUCCAGUUGAAGGGACUGCAGGCUGGCGGAUCGGCUGCGGCGUUGCGCGGCAAGGCGCUGGCGGCGCCGCCAAACUUUGGCCUAUUGGUUGGCAAACAGCCGAUGGCCGCUUCCAUGAACAUACCCAUUCCCCGCCCCCCUGCGACCAGCACUCCAGCUAGGGCAAUGAAGCCUCCGGCGGAGACGCAGCCCGGUAAUCUAAUUGUUCCGGUGAGGCCCGAUGAUCGCAGGGAGCGGAACCUCUUCGUCCAGCCGGUCAACGCCGCUCUGCUGGAAUGCAUGCUCAUCCAGGCGACGGAAGCCGAGCAGAUGGGACUCAACGAACUGCAAGUGGGCCAGUUGGUUCUCGACGAGUUUUUGCGCGGCUACAAGAAGAUCUUGGAGAAAAUUUGCGAGUACAGCAAAGAUUAUUAUUGAAAGUC